UCAAAAAAAAAAAAAAUUCUAACUCUUGAACAAUUUCUAAUUUCUAAUUCUCUUAUGAGAAACCCUCAAUUUGAAUUUCUCUCAUUCUCACUCUCACGGUGAGACUGAAAGGCUGAAACCCUAGACCCUAACAUUCCAAACGAGACGUGUCUUCAACGGCUACAACUACAUUCUUCACCACAUAACACAAAUUUUUCGGAGAAGUACUGUAGUUGAGAAAAAAUGGACCGGUUAUCUGGUCUGCCGAAAACUAUACUUCAUGACAUUCUUGCAAGGUUGUCGGACAAAGAUGCUGCCAAGACUAUUGCUUUGUCAAAGGCGUGGAGAGACACAUGGUAUUCAUUUCCCAAUCUAUCUGUUUGCAGUGGGGACUUUUUUACUAUACAUGAUAUAGUCCCAGGAAGUAGUCAUAGGUUUAGCAAAAUGCAUAUUCUCUUUGACUAUGUUACAAAAAGAUUGCUGAGGCUACGUGACCAAGGCUUAGCAAUCAAAGAACUUAAGCUCAGUUUGACAAAUUUAUUAAACCCUACACGUGGCUCCCACCAUGUUGAUCAGUGGAUACAGAUGGCCAGUGAAAAUGGUGUCAAAGUACUAGAGCUUCACCUCACUGGUGGGUGUAUAGGGCGAGAUUAUAGUCAAGACAACUGGUAUGACCUUCCACUUUGUGUCAUUGAAGCCAAGUCACUUGCUAAGCUGGAGUUGGCCGGGGGAAUCAGAAUUGACCAAGAAUUUUUAAAUCAUUCCAUGAAGUUUUCCUCGGUGAAAUCGUUAUUUUUAAGUCAAGUACUUUUCACGCAUGAAAGGAUUAUUGAGCAUCUUAUUUCUCACUGCACUCUUAUUGAACAUUUAACCAUAAACUAUUGUUCCGUAUAUAACCAUCUAAGCAUGGAAGAUCCUCUAGUGCAAAGGAGUCAUCGGGUGAAAUCAUUAUUUCUAAAUGGUUUACAAAAGCUCAAGGACGUUGAUGUUCAAGGAAUACAGGAAGUACAAAUUGAUUCUCCAAAUCUUCAGAACUUACGUUAUCGUCCAUUGGAUUUUGAUGCACCCUUCAAGCUGAAUUUUGAUAGUUGCACAAAUUUAAGAUGUUUGUGCUUAUUGUAUUUGCAGAGCACUGCUAUUGCAGACAAGUGGUUUCUUGAACUGUUUUCUAAGUAUCCUUUUCUUGAGAGUUUGAAAUUAGGUCAUUGUUCUAUGUCCGAGAGGAUUAAUAUUUUGAGUGCCCAGCUCAAGGUCUUUAAGUUAUCUCAUUGCUCUAACUUGAAGGAGAUCAACGUUGAUGCUCCAAAUUUGUUAUCAUUUGACUAUGUUGAUGAUAACAAACCUGUUAUAUCUUUUUUAAGAGGUUCUAAUAAACUUGAAGUCAGUGUUUGUACUCUCGUGGAUUUACGGGACUUUUAUAGCUUGAGGAAAUUUAUCCGGAAUAUACCACAAAACAUUUUGGCAUCUCUCUCCCUCUUUAUCUAUGAGCAAUUUCAUGAUUAUACAUAUCUGCAUGAAUUCCAAGUUUCUUCCACCCCUCCGAGUAUCAAACAUUUGGAGUUUAAAGUAUAUUCAUUUCCAAAGAGUGAAUCUCCCUAUGGCCAUCUUAUGCAUUGCUUGCUUUCGAGUUGCUUUCCAAAAACAAUUUCAUUCAGAUAUAGUCGUCGUUACACAUUCAUUGAGUUCUUCUAUGAGAUGCUGAUGGGCAGUAAAAAGGGAGAGUGCCAUUGCAGUUCAGGUGAUAGAAAGUGUUGGUGGCAUGCCUUGAAGAUUGUCAACAUCUCUUGUUCAUUCAUGACCGAUGAGAACACUAACUUUAAAGCAAUGCUUGAUGCAUCGCCGAAAUCUUCUGAUUGGAAUACUAUCACUUUUAGUUUAGAGUUGUAGUUGCUAUUAUCAACCUAUAAACAUUUCUAAUUAGAGUUAGAGACUUUGAUGUUGACGCUUAGUUACAACUUAUACAUCUAUGUAUGUAUUGAAGUGCCUGUUAUUAUGUAACCGAGUGUAUUAACGUUUUAAGUUUGUUAUAUAUGAUCAUGAUUAGU